AUGAGCAUCUUCCAGACUCUAUUCGUUCUAUAUCUGUGGGUCUGGACCCUACCAGCCACUACCCUCGCCCGGCCAUACCCGACAAGCACCACCUCUCCAUCCCUCCUCUGCACCACAGCCGACCCUAGUCUACCCUCCGCAAUAGACACAACCCCAACGGCCUCCACACUAACCCUUCUCGCCCGCGAACGGCCAGCCUUCAAACGAUCACGUCCAAGACGCAAAGGUCGCGGCGGCAUACCGCCCGCGGCUGCGAUCUUGCUCCCCAUCAUCAUUUUAUUCCUGAGUAUGACCUCGAUUCUCCUGUGUGCUCGAAUUGGGUCCCGCAAAGGUGAGACGCGGGGCCAGGUCUGGGGUGAUUCGGCGGUCGAUAAUCAAACAAGGCAGGAAGGAGAAGGCCAACCACCGCCGCUACAACCGCCAGCACGGCAGCAACAACAGGAUCUGGAGUUGAGUGAGAUUGAUGAGGCACCGCCGCCGCCGUAUUCGAGGGAGGCGCCGAAAUGA